UAUCUAUAUCUAAAGGAUUUCAAAAUCUCUGGAUUUCAAUUUAUUAUAAUUUGGUUAUUAUAUUAAACUUGUUAUUAAUUUAUUAUAUUGAGGCCUGAAACUUUGAUCAGUCGGAUUCCGAUGUAUGAAGCCAAUUGACGCUUGGGAGCCUCUGAUUUUGUAAGAGGGUUCUGUUUUGGAGGCCAUCUCUCCCUUCCGUCAUGCGCUGCGGAAGGCGACCUACAUCGAUCCUGACUGUCCAUUUCAAACGUCAGUCAUCUUCUUCGUCCUCUCUCACACAAACCGCCAAUUCCCUUCCUCCUCCUUGGAUCGACUCAGAAAACCCUGGCCGGGCUAUUUCCUUCUGCUUCUCUCUGCUGAAACUGUCGGCUAAAGUGGGUCAUGCUUGUGAUGUGGACCAAGUACACGGAUACGCCAUCAAGUUGGGAAUUUGCAGUUCGCUGUCUCUGCAAAAUCAAGUCUUGGAUGCUUACGUGAAACGCAGGGAUUUUGACGAUGCGGACAAGCUUUUCGAUGGAAUGCCCGAGAGAAAUGUCGUCGCUUGGAACAUUAUGAUCCAUGGUGUCGUCCACCGUGGCGGCCAUAUGAAACAGAGAAUCAACCUGGGUUUUGGUUAUCUGCGUAGAAUGCUGUCGAGUAUGGUCGAUUUGGAUUAUGUAUCUGUUCUCGGCCUGAUGCGGUUGUGUACGGAGUUCAGUGACGUGGAAGCCGGUAGCCAAUUGCACUGUCUGAUCACGAAACAUGGUCUUGGUUCAGGUUGCUGUCUUAGUACCAGCCUCGUCGAUUUCUACGGAAAAUGCGGUUUUGUGACCGAAGCGAGACGGGUAUUCAAUGAAAUUUCCGACAGAGAUUUGGUGCUUUGGAAUACACUAAUCUCUUCAUAUGUACUCAACGGUAUGAUUGAUGAAGCCAUUAGUAUACUCAAGCUGAUGAGAUUGAGAACUGAGUUCAGAGGUGAUGGAUAUACUUUCUCGAACAUUCUCGGAUCGUGUGGAAGUGUUCAGGGCAAGCAGAUUCAUGGCUAUGUCCUCAAGCUAUCCUUAGAAUCCGAUAUUCCGGUGGCAACUUCACUAAUCAAUAUGUACGCUAAAAGUUCCCAGAUGAGAGACGCUCGAAAGUGUUUCGAAUCGAUGGUUGCUCGAAACGUCGUGACGUGGAACUCCAUGAUCGUGGGCUAUGGCAAAACUGGAGAUGGGAGAGAAGCCAUGAGGAUUCUUGUGAAAAUGCUUCGUGAAAAUGUUCAUCCCGAUGAGUAUUCUUUCGCUAGUAUUCUCAGCUCCUGCGCAAAAAUCUCUGCGGUUAGAGAGAUUUUCCAAAUGCAAUCUUUUAUAACUAAAAAAGGGUUUGGUGCAUUUCCAUCUGUUGCCAAUUCCAUGAUCAAUGCUUACUCCAGGACCGGGAAUAUAUCCGAAGCACUUGUAUGUUUUCAUUCUCUCCUAGAGCCGGAUCUUGUUUCAUGGACCUCGAUCAUCGGAGCCCUGGCUUUUCAUGGAUUUUCCAAAGAAAGCUUAAUCAUGUUCGAGAGAAUGAGAAGAAAGCUACAACCUGACAAGAUUACCUUUUUAGAGGUUAUGUCUGCAUGCAGCCAUGGAGGAUUAGUUCAAGAGGGUCUUCGGUACUUUGAACAGAUGAUGAGUGACGUUUACAAGAUAGAACCGGAGUCUGAACACUAUGCUUGCCUGGUCGAUCUUCUUAGCCGAGCCGGUUUCAUUGAUGAUGCGUAUAAAGUCCUGAUGGCUAUGCCCAUGGAACCGAGCUCACAUGCCCUGGCAGCGUUCUCGGGAGCUUGUAACGUCCAUGGAAACAGAGAAUCCAUGAAAUGGGCUGCAAAGAAACUUGUCGAAUUGGAGCCUUCCAACCCGGCUAACUACUCCAUGUUAUCGAACAUCUACAUGUCUGAAGGCCAUUGGAUGAAAGCCGCUCAUCUGCGCAAAACAGUGAAGAAAGUUAGCAAUUCCAAAAUUCCCGGGUGCAGUUGGGUUGGGGAGUAGUCUGUUAAGAUUCAGCUAUGAGCAAAAAUAGUAUACAAGAUUUGCAGACAGGUUUCCGGCGAGAUCCAGAUGGAGAAAACAGCUUGGAUUUAUGUGUUACCAUGUCUUGUUCCUCCGAACUGCUUCGAUGUAAUAAUACCGUUUGACAAGAUAUUGUACAACAGGGCAGCUUCAAGAAUCCGUUUCCUCAUUAUCGCUGCUCUGUGUUCUUGGUCCUCGCUAUUUGCAGUUGUAAUCUUUGAACAGAGGAAGAAGAAGGAAGAAGUGUAGAUGGCGACAUGCCAGAUGCUGCAUGAUAUUUCCAUAUGCCAAUCUUCAGAAAGAGAUAACUUGAUAUACACGUAUCUGUACAUCAACAGUGUUGUGUGUAAUAUGUGUAUAUACACACACAUACCUGUGUGCCAAAUCCAGUAGCUUGAACUGGUGUCCACUUUAAAUUGGCUGCCAUGGUUAGUGUGAUAAAAGACCGGCCGCAACAAAUCCCCAACGGAACAGUUUCUUGAGCGUUUUGAUAGAUUACUGAGCCAUUCUUUUGACGGCCCAUGUUCUGUAAUAAGCGAGUAACUCAAACUAAGCUCACGUACUUGUGUUGUAAUCAUGUCUGAUGUCUACAUCAGAUUCCAAUGGUA